CAUAAGCGACUAUCAAAAGGGCACGGAGGGAGUAUCUCAAUAUACUUUAAUGGUAAGGUUGGAAAAAGGAGAUGUAUGAAAAUUAAUAAUUAUAGUGUUACACUCCUCAUUAAUCCACUUUCCCUAAAUUAUCCAAAGUUAAAAUAUUUGUUGUAAAAAAAACAAAAAUCGUAGUACUUCGUACCGUAUCACCCAAAUUGAUUUCAACAAACAAACAAAGCAAGACCACCUUCCAUUCACCUUGUUUGUGCUUCAGUACUACCCACACCAUUCUUCACCUUGAACCCAAAAAAAAUGGCAGAACACUCUCAAACUAUCAUGGAGGAGAGAGAAGAACUCAUGGUUUCUUCCAAAGGAGGAAAACCCACCAAAAAAAUCGCACAUUUCAUCAAACCCACUUUUGAUUUACUCGAUUCUACCCCAAAUUUACCCUCAAUUUCUCUCCCAUUUCGACCCAAUUUAAUCGAUUGUACUUUCAAUGGUUGGAAAACCCCAACAAAAUCAUGGGUUUCAUGGGUUGAUAAACUGCAUCCAUCUUACCAGUUUAUCUGGAAAAGAGCAGGAAUUUAUGAAGCAAUUCUUUCAUCAAAGUAUAAAAUCAUCAGAAAUGAAGAUUUGUUCUUUAGUUUAGCUGAAAGAUGGUGUUGUAACACAAAUACUUUUGUUUUUCCUUGGGGUGAAGCAACAAUUUCUUUGGAAGAUGUUAUGGUUUUAGGAGGGUACUCUGUUUUAGAGGACUCUGUUUCCAAGUCUGAUAAUACUGAUCAUUUUGCUGUUAUUGAGAAUAAAUUGAUUGAUGCACAUAAAGAGAUGUCAAAGGGGCCAUCUCAGAAGGCUUUACAUGGUCAGUGGAUGAAGUAUUUCAUGGAACACGGCCUCGAUUCCGGUAUCGAGCACGAAGCCUUCCUUUCUUACUGGCUUUCGAGGUUUGUAUUGCCUACUUUUCCUUGUGAUGUUAUUGUGAAAAAGUAUUUUAAGAUUGCUAUUAUUCUAGCUAGUGGAUUUCAGAGAUCUCUUGCUCCUGCUGUAUUGGCUAGUAUUUAUAGGGAUUUGAGUUUGUUGAAAUCUACUAUGGUGAAUUCUGUUGGUAUUGAAGGUGAUGGGUUUGAUGAUCUUGUUAAGGUGACUGUUUGGGCACCUUUGCAAUCGGUGCAGGUUUGGGCUUGGGAGAGGUUCCCUGAGUUUCGACCGAGCCCGGUUUUGGUUCAAUUGGGGGAGCCAAGGUUGGCUAGAUGGCAUGGUGUUAAUGAGAGUGAGAUAGGGAAUGUGAGGCCCUUGUUGCUAUCUGCUGGACAUUCUUUCGAAUGGCGGCCGUAUUGUAAGGAUGUUGAUAAUUUACCUUUGCCUAUGUUUUAUCGAGAUUGUGAGGAGUGGGUUAUUAUGAAUGGUGUUUUAGGGGAUGAUGUUAAAUCGAUGGUUCGAUUUUUGAGGGUGUGUGACUUGGUGGGGUUGGAAACAAUCGAAAAGUAUAACCCGAAUCGUGUAGCUAUGCAGUUUGGGUUUGAUCAAGAUGUGCCUGAGGUAGUUAAGAGAGGUUUGUUGGAUUCUGAUAUACCGAAAAGGGAGCUUGUACAAUUGGCUUGGAUUAACUACACUAACCCUACAAAUGAUGAAAUCUUGUAUAUUCCAUCAAAGUUUUAUGUGCCACAAGUUACCUUGAGGUACUUGAACUGGCUUCGUCAGGGUGUGUUAAUGAAGCCAGCUGCCUGGUGUGGCGUCGUGAGGAAGAAUAGGAGUUCAAAAAAGAGAUUGAGUGUAGAAAUUAGAAAGGUGAAUGAUGCUAUUGAUAAGAGCAUUGCAGCUCUUGACAUAGAUUUAAAGCCAAGAUUUCUGACUCAACUUUUUGGUAAUGAUCUCGAUGUUCCUCCAGGAUUCCCACCCAAGUCUAAUGCUUCCUCCGAAAAGGCAUUUGUGCAUCCUGGAUUGACACAGAAUAGCAAUGCUGAUCAUUAUUUCGAGCUGCCUUCUAGUUUCAUUCCAAAGACUGUUGGUAACAAGUUUGAUGUUCCUGUAGUUUUGCCUCGCGAAUCUGUUGUUGCUUGCAAAGAGGCAGAUGUGCCCUCUGGAUAUACAACUAUGAGUAAUGUUGGUAAUAUAUUGAAUGUCCCUCCUGGUUUUACGCCGAAUAGUGUUGGCAGUAAUCAUAAGUUUCCUUCAGGAUUUCCACAAAAAUCUUAUGAGCAACCUAAGUUGGGUGUUGAGAAAAAGGAUGGGUAUAAAUUGCAGUCUGAAGUUCUGGUAAAGAAAGAAUGCAUUGAAUCCCCUGAAAAUAGGCAGCAGUUGCUAAGUUGUUCUUAUCAGACCUUACAUACUUCACUUGUUGAGAUCGAGUCCAGACCAGCAAAGUCAUUGAAGACGAAACCUGGUGAAAAUUUGCAGAAGAGUGAACUGGUGGCGUGUGGAUUUCAGCAGACAAAUGAUGGUGCAUCUAUAGAGGUUGCAAAAAAUGGGGGUUGUGGAAGAGACGACGAAGAUGAAGAUCAGUCUAUUCUAGCCAAGAAAGCUGAAAUGCAAGAGAUUGACAAGUUGAUUGCUCAAUAUACAAGCAAAAUCAAACAGAGUUUUUUGUUCUAAGCCAUCAUUUUAGCUGAUGCAUAUAUUGAACCGAUCUAGGUAGUAGAUAUUAGUAUGUUAUUGCACUAAACCUUACAACAUUAAAGCUGUUUUCAUCAAAGGUUUGUAUAUAUGGAUGAUAACAGUAGGUUGAGUAGAAGUCUGAUGUGAUUUCUCUUUGGUAAAUCAUUGAGCUGAUACAAAAAUUACAUGUGAAUCAUACUGAAUGUUGCGAAAAUAUGAUCUUGAAUUAGUGCAUAUAUGAAUAUAUGUUGGUUUGUUUUUACCCUUUAUGAACAUAUGAUCUUGAAGCCAUCGAAUU